AUGCCCAUUGUUGGCGUGGCUCGGGUCGUGACUUUUGGACAAAUAACCAUUAUGCGACUCGGCUGGCCUUCGGAUGACGGCUUCAGGGGUUAUGCAAAUAUAUCGAAAUACCUCAGUCUCGAAAAUGUCACAUCUGCCGGUUUCAAUUACCACCUCAUAUCCGUCUUCGGAUCCCAGUCGACGGGAAAAUCGACCCUCCUCAACCACCUCUUCGGUACCGAGUUCUCCGUGAUGUCUGAGUUGGAACGGCGUCAGACCACCAAGGGUAUCUGGAUGUCUAAAAACAAGAAUGGCGGCGACUCGUCCAUGGCCGAUAAUAUCCUCGUCAUGGAUGUCGAAGGUACUGAUGGUCGCGAGAGAGGCGAGGACCAGGACUUCGAGCGCAAAAGCGCUUUGUUUGCGCUGGCGACGAGUGAGGUCCUCAUUGUUAAUAUCUGGGAGCACCAGGUCGGGUUGUAUCAGGGCGCAAACAUGGGCCUGUUGAAGACCGUCUUUGAGGUCAACAUGCAGCUGUUCCUGAAGGAUAAGAAUACCACCCACCGCUCCCUUCUCUUCUUCGUCAUUCGUGAUUUUGUCGGCAACACCCCGCUCAAGAACCUGCAGCGAACCCUGAUGGAAGACAUGUCACGCCUAUGGGAUACGAUUUCCAAGCCUGCCGGUCUGGAGCAUUCUACAGUACACGAUUACUUCGAUUUCCAGUUCUACGGACUUCCGCACAAGAGUUACCAGCCGGAACAGUUCGUGGCCGAGACGAAGAAGCUGAGCCUGCGUUUCCGCGAUGGUCAUAAAGACCCGAACUUGGAUGCGUUGAAGGGAGAAUUUUCCGACGGCGGAGUCUUCCUUCCCGAGUAUCACCGUCGCAUCCCCGCCGACGGCUUCUCCCGAUAUGCGGAAGGCAUCUGGGACCAGAUCGCGAACAACAAAGACCUGGACCUCCCCACCCAGCAGGAACUGCUGGCACAGUUCCGUUGCGAUGAAAUUCUGAGAGAGGUGAUGCUUGCGUUUGAUGAGGCCAUCGUUCCCUUUGAGGAUAAGCAGUCGCAGGCGGCUCGCCUCGGGGAGCCAGAAAUCCUGGGCGGCUUGGGAGCUGCGAUGCGGGCCUCCCGUGCCAAGGCCUUCAAGGCCUUCGAGACCGAAGCCAGUCGGUACCACAAAGGAGUCUACCAGCGCAAACAUGCGGAGCUUGAGGGCAAGGUCGACACGCGUCUCAAGGCUCUGUUCCAGGGCCAGCUUGACGCCAUGCACAAAUCUGGAAUCCACGAGUUCAGCGAAGCAGUGUCGGGUGCCGUGAAGUCUGGGCAGAAGAAGGGUACCGGGUAUGACUUUGCGGAGAUUGUCAAAGAGGAAGCGAUCAAGGCAGUUGAGAAGUUCAAGGAGGUUGCGCAAGCCACGGCCGUUGAGGAAACCGCCUGGAGCGACUCCCAACACCAGCUGGCGCUGUAUGAGAAAGAGCUCGCCGAAGUGAGUGCACGGCUCCGAAGGGAGGAAAUGAGACGGCUCGCUAGCCGGGUUGAGCGGUGGGUGCAGUCCCGCCUGGGGGAGUCCGUCGGGCUCGAGUUCAAUGCCCUGGGAUCCGGUCGGGCCGGUGGCGGUGCGCCGGAGGACGGCGAGAAGCCGACCGAGAAGAAGUUCUGGGACCGGGUGUGGAAUGUGUUUGUUGAGACGGUCCUUGACGCGGAGCGAAAAUUCACCGAUCGCGCCAGUAGUUUCGAUGCCAGCCUGGAGGAGGUGGACGUUGGGCUCUGGCGAUUGCGCCGGAAGUCGUGGGGCGUUCUGCGCGCGAAGAUCGAAGAGGAGAUGGUCGAGGGCAACCUGUUGCUGAAGCUGCGCGAGAACUUCGAAGACAAGUUCCGCUACGAUGACGCUGGUGUCCCUCGGAUCUGGCGACCCACCGAUGACAUUGAGGGCAUCUACACCCGGGCACGCGAGUCGACGCUGACCUUGAUUCCCCUUCUUUCCCGGUUCCGACUGUCGGAGACAUCUGCGCCGCCCCCGCUGGAUCGCUGGGUUGGGCACACGCCUAGCUCUGCGACUCCGGCUGACGAGGAAGACCUGCCCCCGAUCGGCGGGGUGGACGAAGAGGAGGGCAAGAGUUUGGAGGAGGAGAUGACGAUGCUCAGCGAGUCGAAGCGCCAGGAGCUCACGGUGCGGUUCAAGAAGGCGGCGGAUGGGGUGUACGUGGAGGCCAAGCGCAGCGCCAUUGGAGGCAUGACGCAGGUUCCCUUGUACUUUUACGGAAUUCUUCUUGCUCUCGGCUGGAACGAGAUUGUUGCUGUUCUUCGCAACCCGGCCUACUUCUUCCUCCUGUUUUUGUGUCUCGUGGGAGCGUACGUGACAUACACCCUCAAUCUGUGGGGACCGAUAAUCAAGAUGACGGAGGCCGCAUCGAACCAGGCACUGGUGGAGGGCAAGAAGCGACUGCGCGAGUUUCUGGAGUCAUCGGACACGGGGCGACAGGCGAUCGCCAUGUCGACGCCGGCUGGCCGGGGCGAGCAGCACGAGAUGUCGCGUCUCAACAAGCAAGGGAAGGCGACGGCCGAGGAGGAGGAGGAUGACUUGUAA